AUGACAUCUGACACCGACUCUGCGCUCCUCAAAGAGGCCACACCUUCAACAACAGACACAUCCACACACUCCCUUUCCUCCUCAUCACAACCACAACACCCUUCUUCAUCAUUGACAUCUUUCAAUCCCAACAUGACAACCAUCCAAGUCACUCCCCCUCCAUCAACUUCCGGAAACAAAUUUAAAUUAUUCUUCUUUAAAUUAUUUCACAAAAGCCAUCAUGGUGGAGAUCAACAACAACAGCACUUAAAAAGAAGUACUUCUUUCUUUGAUCGAUUCAAAAAGAAUAAUCACUCCAAUGGCACCACUUCCUAUCAAACUGUUUCUUCAAAAUCUGAUCUUUCAAAGAAAACUCUCACUCAAGAAGAGAAUGAAAAGAAAACAACACAUGAAUUGAGCAUGUCAUUGAAUGAUUUGUGUGAUGUUGUUGUUGAAGACAAGAUCUUGAAUGAACAACAUCAACGACCACUCAAUGAACACACAACAACUAGUACAACAACAUCAACAACACCUUUUUUUCAAUAUAUUGAAUUUUUAUUCCUAUUUAAUGCAAAUUCCAAUACUUUGAGUGUCUAUAAUGAAGACGAGUUGAAGAAAAUGGUUCCUUAUCAUGGCUCUUUGGAUGUCACCAUUCCAUCUCUACAACAAGCAUUUCACUUGGAUGAUCAUGGUGAUGAUUUGAGUUGUGUAUUAAGUGUUCAACAGAAGAACAUGUGUUAUGUAUUCACGGGUUCACAUGAUAACACGAUUUUACAAUAUGAAUAUCAAAAGACAUGCAAAGAACAGCCAUUUAAAUUAAUACAUACCUUUCAAGAUGAAAAGAAUACAGUAGAAUGUCUUUCACAUUACAAGAAUCAUUUUCUAUUGUCUGGUUCGAGAGACAAAAUGAUUCGUUUGAGAAAAAUUCAAUCGAACAGUGAUCAAGAACAAUUGACUUGUUCCACCUUGCUGGCAAGAUUAGAAGGACACACUAGUUGGAUUCAAUCUGUUUAUGGUGGAGGUAGUGAAGAGUUAACCUUUGUAGAUUCAUGUAUAUUCUCUUCACAGAGAAGUACCUCAGUGAAGGAAUCUGAAAUUUAUAUGUGGAAUUUAGAAAAACAAAUCAUUGUACAGAAAUUAAGCGGACAUGAGUGCACUGUUUAUAAGAUGGCGUCGUCGCCACAUUUAAAUUCAACUCUUUUAAGCGCUUCACAAGAUAGUACGAUCAAGAUGUGGGAUGUUAGAGCGAGUGGUGAUCAGAUGCUUGCGGGAGAUCUAAAAGGUCAUACCGAUUGGGUGAAAGAUAUUGCAACCAGAGGUGAUUACGAUGUCAUUUCUUGCUCGUUGGAUGGCACUCUUAGAUUGUGGGAUGUUCGAAAUACAUCCACGUGUGUUAAAUUCUUAUUUGAUUUGAACGAAAGAUCUUUGAAGGAUGAAAAAUAUGGGUUUACUUCAAUGUCUCUCUCUAAAGACAAGGUAUAUCUUGGCUCCAAUCAUGCCAAACAUUUGUACACUUAUGACCUGAAACAAUCACAAAUGAAAUGUUGUGAAAUAGCUCAAGAAAAUGCAAUUGAUGGAGUUUGUGUUGCAGCGAUUUUCUAA